GGGACCGCGCUGCCUGCAUGCGCGCAGCCCCAGCCCCGGGCGGCCGCUGCGGCAGCGCCAGAGCCCGACGCAGCCGGACGCUGCCGGACGGGGAGGGCGGCGCGCCGCCCAGGAGGUGCCCCGGGUCCCCGCUGGACCUUCGUGACCGUCCAGCGCCCGGGUGCGCUGCAAAGACGAGGACCCGACUCUUUUGAAUCUCCCGGUGUCUGGGCGCGGGGCGACUCUUGGUAUUUUCUCACCCAACUCGUGGAUUGGAACGUGGCUCCGCGCUCCGAGCGCGGCCGGCGACUUGUAGGACCCCAGCCCUGGCCGCGGCCGCCGCGCACGGCCUCGGACGACUCUGCGGGGCAGGGGCCGCGGCCGGCCGCGAGGGUCUCCGUGUGCGCCGCGGGCGGCUGAGGGCUGAUUGGAGGGGUGUCCCUGGAGGACCGAUUUAGGAUUUGUGGUGAACAGCAUGGAGGAAAAUGACCCCAAGCCCAGCGAAGCGGCGGCGGCGGCGGCAGAGGGGCAGCGGCAGCCGGAAACCAGCCCCGGCGCCGGCUCGGGCGGCGGCGGCGGCGGCGGCAGCCCAGGCGACGCGGACACUGGCCGCCGGCGGGCUCUGAUGCUGCCUGCGGUCCUGCAGGCGCCGGGCAACCACCAGCACCCGCACCGCAUCACCAACUUCUUCAUCGACAACAUUCUGCGGCCCGAGUUCGGCAGGAGAAAGGACGCGGGGCCGUGCUGUGCCGGCGCAGGAGGAGGAAGAAGCGGCGGGGCCGCUGGCGAAGGCGGCGCCGGCGGCGCAGAGGGAGGCGGCGGCGCGGGCGGCGCCGAGCAGCUCCUGGGGUCCGGCCGGGAGCCCCGGCAGAGCGCGUCCUGUGCUCCCGGUGCGGGCGUUCCGCUGCCCGGCGGCGGCGGCGAUUCCCCGGGCGAUGGGGAAGGCGGCUCCAAGGCUCUCUCGCUGCACGGCGGCGCUAAGAGAGGCGGCGACCCCGGGAGCCCCCUGGACGCGGCGCUCAAGACCCGAGGCUUGGGCGGUGGUGACCUGUCGGUGAGCUCGGACUCGGACAGCUCGCAGGCCAGCGCCAACCUGGGCGCGCAGCCUAUGCUCUGGCCGGCCUGGGUCUACUGCACGCGCUACUCGGACCGGCCUUCCUCAGGUCCCAGGUCUCGCAAACCAAAGAAGAAGAACCCCAACAAAGAGGACAAGCGGCCACGCACAGCCUUCACGGCGGAGCAGCUGCAGAGGCUCAAGGCCGAGUUCCAGAACAACAGGUACCUGACGGAGCAGCGGCGCCAGAGCCUGGCACAGGAGCUCAGCCUCAACGAGUCGCAGAUCAAGAUCUGGUUCCAGAACAAGCGCGCCAAGAUCAAGAAGGCCACGGGCAACAAGAACACGCUGGCCGUGCACCUCAUGGCGCAGGGUCUGUACAACCACUCCACCACAGCCAAGGAGGGCAAGUCGGACAGCGAGUAGGGCGGGCGGGGCCGGAAGCCAGCUUCGGGCCGCUAAACAAUGCAAUAAUAGAAAAUCGUCAAUAAAGGGCCAGUGUGUAAAGAUUAUACCAGCAUUAAUAGUGAAAAUAUCAUAUAUUAGCAAUGGUUCUGCAAUAUUCUAUGUAUAUAUAAUUUACAGGUGGUGUAAAACUCAAAAUAUCUGACUAUAAAAUUUUUUUGUUUUUCUUUGUGUUUAUGAGAUUAUGCAUAAGUUUAUGAUUUUUUUUUUUUUUGCAAAGGGGGCUGCUUAGGGUUUCAUCUUUUUUAAUCCCCUAAGCUCCAUUAAGGGACAUCGGACACUUUUUAUUUCAAAAGAAGAAAAAAAUUAAAACAACUUGCUGAAGUCCAAAGAUUUUUAUUGCUGCAUUCCCCCCAACUGUGAACGAAUAGCUCCUACUUGGUCUGUGAGCCCCGCCACUUUGAGGGGCUUGCUGAGGACAGCAGGAGGAUCACCCCGCCCGAGGUGACGCCAGGGCCUGGAGGAGAGCGGGGCUUGGCCGGCAAGUGGCGGUGCUGGACCCCAGGGCCUGCCCCAGGAGUGGGCUCAUGGUGGCGGGCAGCCUGGCCCGCAUGCUUGCCAUACUCCCCGCCUCCCCUCCUGCCUUCUCUCCUUGUCCUCUUUGCUGAGGCUGGCCUGUGCCUCAUCGGUGCUCCCGUCUGGUCUGCGUCUGUGUCACUGUCCCCUGUCCGGCCACCUGCUGCCAGCACUAACUCCCCUGCCUCUGGGCACUGCUUGGGGCUCCCAGCUGAGGGGCUGGUCAUGUGGCCUGCUUCCCUCGAGCUGUGGGGCAACCCUUGUUCCUCCAGGCCCAGGGACUCCCCUGGAGCUCCAGCAGCCCCGCCAGGCACUUGCCCAGGCCCCAGAAAAAGAGCCGAGGUCUGCAGCUUACGGGCAGGCAGAGGGCUCCUGUGAGGGAGUUGGCAUUUUCUUCCUUUCCUUUUUCUUUUUUCUUCCCUUCCUUUUUUUUUUUUUAAGUGGCUGCUUCUGCUAUGGAGAGCAUUCUUUCAAGGUAAAUAUGUGAGUGUAUACAUAUGUAUGCAUGUACAAACACGCUCAAGCAAACACACAUGAGUCCACAGUUCUGGAACAUGUGGUCACCUUGACUUUGAAAGGAACUCAGAAUCCUCCAGGAGCUCGAGGAAGGAAGAGACUGUGUAAAUAAUAAUUUCUUAUCACUUUAUGUCUUUUCUUGUUUCUUUUUAUAUACAUUUUAUUUUUUGAAGGUGUGGCACAGUGUAAAUUAAAUAUAUUCAAUAUAUCCCCCACCAAGUACAUAUAUAUAAACAAACACAUGAUCUAUAUAUAUAGUUCCACACUGUCUUCUGUUUAGUGUAUGGAAAAAUAGAAUCGUGUCCAAAUGGCCAUCUGCCGCCGGGACAGCCCAGCGGGCAUGCCCAUGGCCCAUCCAGAGUCAUGGUGGUGCCCCUGAGGACUGAGGGUGAACUUCUCUAUUUGCCUUAAGUCUCUUUAUUUCACUGCGAUAAUAGUUUCACUUUGUACAUACUCGUGUAAACCUUUUUAAAAAGGAAACUAUAAAAAGAAAAGUUGUAAUUUAAAAUUCUGUGAAUAACCAUCUGCUGCUUAGGAAACAAUGAGAUGAUUAUGCCUUUUUAGCAGGAAGAAAAGUGUUUUGGUUUUUUAUUUUUUAUUUUUUUUUUCAGUUGAUAAAACAUAUGCAUUUUACAAUUCCAGUAUCAAAUAUUUAUGAUCUUACAAGAAAUGAAUGUUUCUAUUUACAAUUGUGGUUAUCAAAAAUGUGAACAUUCCCCCUGCAUUUUUGUGUGUUUAAAUUCUUGAAAGUUACAUUAAUAAAAAAAACCCUGCUUUAUUGUAAAAUAAUGAUGUCCAUGGUGGAAUGACUAGUUUUUCUAAGUGUGUUUCUGAGUCCAGCCAAACUGCCCCGGGCAACCUCCCGACGAAGGCUUAGAUGCUCCAGGCCUUGGCCUCACUCUCAGCAGGGGUGCGAAGGCUUCCCUCUGUAGCCAAAGGCAUAAUUACAAAAAAUAAAUUACGAAGACAAUUUGGAUUUUUGGAUGUGAGCACAGACCAACCAAAGUAAUCUAAAUACACAUUUCUUUACCAGAAGGACGUGUUC